GUUGCCAUCAGAGGAAGAUAAACGGGGAAGUAGCCGCAUCUUCUUUUGGCUGCCACCCUUACUUCUGGUCAUCAUGAUGGUGCUUUUGUUUGUUAAGACAGACGAGCUCCGUUUUGACAUAGGUAUUCUUCCAAUGGCGGCAUCUGCGUUAAUAAUGGCAGCAGAUGUUGCAUUGAACAAGACCAACCCAAUCCACCUCAUAAUGAAAGUAGACUGGAACGUCAUCCUCAUGUUCUUCGGUAUUUUCGUAUGGUUGGGCGGGGUAAACGCCACGCGAGUACCACGCUAUGUGUGGAAGGCCAUAGGCUUAGCUGGUCGUCCUAUUGAUGACGCCAAGAGCAUUGCAAUAUUUGCGGUGUUUGUAAUCUUUGGAUCUAAUGUUUUCAGCAACGUACCCUUGACGAUUAUCAUUUUGGAGCAGUUGCAACCGUGUGCCAAUCAGCUGGAUCUUGUACUAUACCUUGCGUGGUGCUCUACCAUCGCUGGUAACCUCACACUCUUCGGCAGCGUGGCAAACAUAAUUGUGGCGCAAAAAGCGAAGCAGACCCUGAAUAUUCCUCUUACGUUCGGGGCGUUCUUCAAAUACGGCUUCCUUACGACUCUUAUUAUUACAAUACAAGGCAUAUUUGUCAUCUAUGGACUCUUACAGAUAUAACAACUCGGGAUUGUAUGUUCAUUGAACAAACAUGUUAGUAUUACAAGCAAAAUGCACAA